AUGUUCAGCUCCACCCUAUCAGAACGGCUUUUCCAUCCUUCGAAUGCCAUUCAGGUCCGGAUUUCUCCCGUCCUGAGAUCCCUUCCCAUGGCAAAAAAAUCAAUUAUUUUAGCGGCGGCGGGGUACGGCCUUUCUUCUCUGAUCUUCAGAUUCCCGCCGAACUUCAUGCGGCAGCUGAGCAACAAGGCUAGAAGGAUGUGUAGCAACAUCGGUGUGGCUCAAGUGGCGGCAGCUUCGUGGUCGAAUAACCAGCAGACAUCAGGACUCACGCCGGUGGCUAAGGCCGUCGAUGCAGCCGCCAUGGCGCCAGUUUAUUAG